UUGUAGUUUGGUAGUCAGGUCAGCGUUCUUGAUGAAAAGGAGUAGAUCGGAUGGCGGCGGCGGGGGUGCCUCGUUCGAGGAGAGACCUAAACAGCGGUCAGAUGGUGGAGGUCAUUACAGCGGGGGAAGGGGGGGCGCUGUCGUUGUGGGGGCCGGGGGAAUUGUGGUUGGAAAGGCGUCCUCACAGUCCACGUGUUCGGUAGGUGGCGGCGGCGGCAACAGCUGUAGUGGAGGAGAACGAGACUGCGGAAGGGAAAGGGAGAGGGAUAGGGAGAAAGAAAAAGAGAGGGAACGGGAACGGGAACGGGAUAGGGAGCGCGAGCGGGACACCAGACCCGUCGUUAGUAAUUCCCCUUCACAUCGUGUUGUGUCCGACGUGUCCGCCUGCUCUCGCGCCUCCACGAACACCGCCAAUUCCACUGAAACUGCCCCCGCCGUCGCUCCUUCGCCUCGCCAUCACCAUCAUCAUCCCUCCUCUCUCCCUCCUUCUCAUCCAUUCUUGCAGCAGCAGCAGCAGCCGCUGCCGCCGCCUCAACAGCAGCAGCAGCAUUAUGCAAACGGCAGCAUGGUUCCUCCGUCAUCAGCCACGAUUACCACCUCCGCAACAACAACAAUCACAGGUACGACUGCGACGGCGGCCAGUCCUGCUCUCUAUCCUAGUCGGUUCAUGUCGCAUCCACGUCAUCUCAGCCUGGCUGACGUCAUACAGGAACCUAUCGACACAGUCAGUGCCAAAUUGCGCGAGCUGUCAAGCGAGUUCCAUGAAGGUCUCAAGGGCGGGCUUCGGGAUAUGUUGGGCGGAGGGGUGAAGGGUAGGGACGAGCUGAUGAUGCUUCAGAGCGUGCUGAAGGGUCGGUCCGACAUUACCAAGGAGAGUCUUUCGCGCGCCGAUCGGACGCAGCUGGAGAUCAUCGUUGCAGUGCGGACCGGUAUCCCGGUCUACCUUCUGCAAGAGGUGAAUAUCACCCCGACUUUCCUCAUCGAGAUUUACUUCAACGAAAGGUGCCGCAAUGUGGCGUGCUUGACCGUCCUGCCCGCCGAUGGCUGCAAGUGCGCCGUUUGCAAAACCCCUGGCUUUUGUAAUCUGUGCAUGUGUGUGGUUUGCUGCAAGUUCGACUUCGAUGCUAACACUUGUCGAUGGAUAGGCUGUGACUUUUGUUGUCACUGGUGCCACACUGACUGCGCGUUGAGUAGGGAGAACGGCGGGCAGGUGCAUAUUGCGAGCAGCACGCGGCUAGGGAAGACCCCCGAGCAGGAGUUUCGCUGUCCUGGCUGUAAUCACACGUCAGAGCUGUUCGGUUUCGUCAAGGAUGUGUUCCAAUUAUGCGCGUCCGCGUGGCAGACGGAUGUGUUGAGGAACGAGUUGCAGUGCGUUCAGCGCAUUUUCGGGAACAGUAAAGGGGAACAGGGCGUCAAUCUGUAUAAUCAGGUGGGGAAAGCACUCAUCAUGCUGGAGCGGGACGGUGACAAGGAAGAGGUGGUGAAAGACAUGGCAAGGUUUUUUGAAGGAGGGGAAGGAGGUACCAGGACAGAUCAUCCGAGGUUGGCAAAUGGAGAGGCAGAUUUGGUACAUGUGGACACCCAUGAGACGCCUACACGGCGGAUUGCAGAAGUGGUCCGAGAUGCCGUGUCAAAGAUGGAAGCUGAUGUUAAAGCGAAGACGGUUGAUCUGAAGCGUGCACGGAAUUACUUGGAAAUGUAUGACAGAGAGCUGGAAGAGAAGCAGAGAGAGGCACGGGAGCUAAGUCGAGAAAGGCAGCAGAAGAAACAGCAGAUUGAGGAGUUGGAGACCAUUGUACGGCUAAAGAAAGCCGAGGCUGACAUGUUUCAGAUGCGUGCUGAUGAGGCUAGACGAGAAGCAGACGGUCUGUCCGGCAUUGUGAAGGCAAAGUCAGAAAGACUUGAGGUUGAAUAUAGUGAUCGGUACAAAAAGCUGCGUCUGGAAGAUGCGGAGUCGAAGCGCAAAACUCUGUAUGAUCUGGUUCAAGGUCUAGAAAAAGCCAAGGAGCAGGCAGAUACUACAAAGAUGGAUCUCUUGGGCUCCAUCCAGGAGCUGCUGCGCAUGGUUGACACACCCAAGGAAGCUGUCAAGUAGAAGGGAAGGAGAAUGGCAGCUGUUUCUCUAUCACAGUUCGUCGUUUUCUUGAUGGUGUUGAUCUCAUGAGGAGAUGCGAUGGUGAUGUGGAGUUACUGUACCCUUUUGCGUACUGUCAUCCCCCUCCCUGCUCUUUGCUGCAGCCAGUGGAGGAUACCCAUCGUCAUCGUCGUGUCUCUCCUCCUUUUGCGUGAGCUGCCCUCUCGCAUCGCAGCACUCUCUGAUCGAGGGCCACUGUUCAAUCUGAAGCGUUCUGUGUAGAAGAGGAGAGGAGGAUCCAGUUUGACAGAGUGCGAUGGAAAGGGAAGAGUAGAAGUGGAGUUUGGUCAGGGUAGGUCGUAUUGCCUCUCUCUCGCUUCCAGAUUUGCCCACUCUUUUUUUGGUUCCUGAGCGUAGCAUCAUUGCUACUCUGCAUUUAUUGUUUCUCUACAGUCAUUGUUUAUGCGCCACGGAGCGGAACGCUGCUUUCUGUCAGCGUAUUCGUCCGAAUCGUCCCCCUCCCUUGCUCGCCUUCACCUGUCCCACUGCGGGACCGCGAUUGGCCGAGAGAGCAGGCUCUAAAUACUGAGAACAAGACGUGGGGCUGUAGCAGCAGCAUGCUUCAGUGCUUCCCGCUCUCCUUUUGCUCAUCCGUCUGUCUCUCCCUUUCCCGUCCCCCUCACCCAGCUCCCUUCUCCACGCGACAUGAUCUUCGUUUGCUGCUGAUUUUGAACAAUCUCCACCCUGCAUGCCAUUGUCGAGCCUCGCCGAAGCAUGAGUGUGAGGAUUGGCGGAGUUUUGUCUGUCUGGCAGCUAGCAUCAGGGGGAAAGCACGUGGAGGCUGGAGGGAGGCUUGCGGCCUCUGCCUCUCAGCCACCUCCUUGUCAGCACUCGUGUAUCUCUUCUUCUUCGUGGCCACACAAUGUGGCGUGUAGGAGCUUACAUGCGCCACGUAGGCUGUGCACGCUGCCGCAUGGCACACAGAAGAAAAGGGGGGGAAAGCACGUGGAGGCUGGAGGGAGGCAUACGGCCUCUGCCUCUCAGCCUCCUCCUUGGCAGCACUCGCGUAUCUCUUCUUCCUAGUGGCCACACGAUGUGGCGUGAAGGAGCUUACAUGCGCCGUGUAGGCUGUGCACGCUGCCGCAUGGCACACAGAAGAAGAGCGGAUCCUGUAACAUACGUCGAGCUUUGUGAUGCUGGCCUUUCUUUUUAUACUGUUCUGUUAUCAGCCCAGAUUAUUAUUGGUCCUCUCUGUCGUGAUCGGCACCUUCUCUCACAAGUUCAUAAGUGUGAUCAUCAUUGUUCAUGUUCAUUAUUAUUGCUGUCAUCGUUUUCUUGCCGUCACAUCGAGCACAUAUUGAGAGCAUGAGUAUCAUUCUGUCAGUCAAUCAUCCUUCUGCCAACGUGUAUCUGGAAGUUCCGUUGCUUCAUCGUCUCCACUUCCUCCUCCCUCUUCUUCUUACCCUUUUUCUGUUACCUCAGCUCUCCUGCCUAACUCCAUUGCUUUGGUCAGUUGUGAGUAAGGUGCCGCCGUUUGUAUCCGCCCUUGGCGGGGCGGUCUGGUCGCAGCGGCUUGCCAGCUUUUCUCCAUCUCCAUGCGCUUCAGGUGUUUUUUUAUCGGAGUCCCUGGGGGCCGGUGCCGGUUGGAUGCUGAUCCACACUUGAGACCCACCUUGUGGAUUCCAUUACUGACACACACUGCGCCCUUCCGUUGCCUGCGGCAGGAGGCGCGGCAUGCAGCCCUUCUGCCCUUGGCGGGGCGGUCUGGUCGCAACGGCUUGCCAGCUUUUCUCCAUCUCCCAUCUCCAUGCGCUUCAGGUGUUUUUUUAUCGGAGUCCCUGGGGGCCGGUGCCGGUUGGAUGCUGAUCCACACUUGAGACCCACCUUGUGGAUUCCAUUACUGACACACGCUGUGCCCUUCCAUGGCCUGCUGCAGGAGGCGCGACAUGCAGCCCUUCAUCAUGCUGCCACCUGUAGGCGGUGAGACAGGCAGCAUCAAUAACUACCAAAGCUGUUCAGAUUGCUGCAUAGCCCACAGGCCCUUCUCUACUGCCCCCCCACCUCUCCCAUCGUGUCCCCAUUUCCACCCGUACGCUAAUCCCCGCACAAAUGUGUAUCAUCAGUUAAAUGAUCCGUCGAGUGUGAUGAAGAUAGCUCACGGAGUCUGCUCCGAUCGGAACUCGGGGCUUCGCUCCACUGUGCCAGAGUUGCAUGCCACCACACGUCACGUCAUGACAGGUUGUGAAAGUAGACAAUCUUCGGGCAUGAGCUGAUUGUAUUGAUUGUUUUUUUUGGUUAGUUUUUUUCGAGCGCAGUAGAACAAUCCCCUCCCUCCUUCAGAGCAACUAGAGUCCAUAUACUUUUCUAUCUAUCAAUCUCCAUGUGUUCUAUACGUUUCACAUGACACAUGAAGAACAAAGCGAGCGUACUCAGUCCUUCCCGCUCUGAAACUGAGAGUUCUACCUCCGCCGCUCUGUUCUACGUAUUUUUCCAUGCAAUGUGGACCGGAAUGAUUUUUCACUCUUACACCGGUUCCAGUGAAAAGCUCAACUCUACGGGCAAAUAAGAGAUCCCAUUGGCAAGCAAUUUCAUUUGUCUGAGGUGUGAUCGUGGUGAGCCGAAACGAGAGCAUGAUGGAAGUCCUUUGACCCUGCGGCUAGCUGUGUAACUUGAGGGAAAGCAUACACUGUGAACGCCGGCAGGCACGGUCAGGAGUGAGGGAACGGAGUCGUGAGAGGUAGGUGGUAAUCUCACCAUGUCGUCAUCAGCAGCUGUUGACCUGUGCACUGACUGCAUCGCGGCGGGCAAGGUCGACCGAUCACCUAUCGUUUGGAGGUCACUGGCCUGAUUCGAGGAGGGCUUCUCGCUUGGCUGAGCUUUCCUCAGCUGGGUCGAGUUGUGUUUCGUAUUAUGCACUUCCAUCUUCCUGCCUCCCUUUGACGACGACAGGCCACGGGUGAACACCUUAUCUCCUCCAUCCAUUGUUCCGGAUGCCGGCCAGCUUGGGCUGCGUUCUUUGCGACGGAAAAACAAUUGCGUAUGAUGGCACAGGAUGUGAUCUAACCGGACACGGCAUGAUGUGACACAGUCUUCCGUACGAGCGAUGCCUCUGUGCUCUCAUCCAGGCCACACACAGUCAAGGUGGUGCAAUGCUGUCACUGCCGUCAGUUGCCUGCAACUGCAACUGUGUGAUGACGUCAAGGAGCGCUUUGAACCAGCGACGAGGGGCCGAUGAAGCACUGGUUUGACCAAAAGACCAUUUUCAGUCUGCUGGGUUCCACGUUCGGUUUUGCAGUUUGUGCCUGUUGAUGCCCGUACCGGUGGUAGUGGUGGUGAAGACCACUCACUGCUCUGCCUGCCUCCGAAGUGGACAUGGACCCCGAGUUAAGCAGCCUGUUCCAAAAACCGCUCGUAGUCCAGUACGCCGUCCUUUUUCUUGUCGUUGAUGGUCAUACGCACGGUCCCCCAAUCAGCAAGAGCAUGGGAGACGGAUGGCAUGUUCCCAGAUGGGAAAGAAGAUCAGAUCUAUGACAUGACCAUUGUUGGACGAUUGUGACGUUGAUUGACAAGAUGGGGGAAGUCCUUGCCAGAUAUCUCAUUGGCGGCUGUUCAGAGCCACCGGGCGACUGAACACUACCUGACUUGACUGUGGAGUGAGUACAGUCAUCGACUUUUUUAUGCAACAUGGUUCGGUCGAUUAUUGUUCGCUGGAUUGACUAUGGAUUGUGAUGAUGUUUGACUGAACGCUCGCUCAAGCAUGCGACCCAUACGUUCCUUGCAGUUUCUUUCUGGCUCGAGAGAGCAACACUCCAGUUUGGCAGGCAUCUGAAUGCCUUUUGGGGUCGUUUGGUUCGUUCGAUGCAUCUGGUAUCUAUUGCUGAUGUCCAAUGGAGUGUGGGUGGAAGUCAGUAUCCCAUUCAGCGCUCGCUCAAGCAUGCGACCCAUACGUUCCUUGCAGUUUCUUUCUGGCUCGAGAGAGCAACACUCCAGUUUGGCAGGCAUCUGAAUGCCUUUUGGGGUCGUUUGGUUCGUUCGAUGCAUCUGGUAUCUAUUGCUGAUGUCCAAUGGAGUGUGGGUGGAAGUCAGUAUCCCAUUCAGCGAACCUGGACUGAGGAGGCAGUGGAUUGGAUAACACAGUGGAGAGGACGCGCAGUCUGGAGAUGAACAUGAAAUGGUGUGGAGCAGCAUGGAAUGAAUGAUCAUCGAUUGUGGCUGAUGGUGGUGUUUGGAAUGCUACGAUGAAAAUUUGGGAUGCCACCACAAACCAGACAAGGCCACACUCCCUCACACCGGGACUCGCUUGACCGGAUCGGGCUGUAGUUGCUGUUAGCUUUCUGUCCAGAAAAUCGAGCGUGAGCACUGAGCUCGGUCAAAACAAGUUCUCGGUCAAUCGAGUGUGAGCACUGAAUUCGGUCAAACAAGUUCGGUCAAUCGAGUGUCAGCACUGAAAGGUGAAUCGAGUGUGAGCUCUGAAUACGGUCAAACGAAUUCGGUCAAACAAGUUUUGUGAAUCGAGUGUGAGCACUGAAUUCGGUCAAACAAGUUUGGUGAAUUGAGUGUGAGCACUGAAUUCGGUCAAAUGAAUUCGGUCAAACAAGUUUGGUGAAUUCAGUCAAAUGAAUUCGGUCAAUCGAGUGUGAGCACUGAAUUCGGUCAAACGAGUUCGGUCAAUCGAGUGCGAGCACUGAAUUCGGUCAAACAAGUUGUGAUCUGAGAGGACGGCAAGAGAGCCUUUGAGAUGACGGCGGUGGGUUGUGGCCAAAUGCCAGCAAGGAGUCGGUUGUCGAAUCAAGCAUACCUUAUCUGGGAGGACAAGGAGCGGACGUGAGAGAAAAAAGAGGAGAGAAGAAAAAGCGAAGAAGGCAGCCAGGUGCAGGCCCUUUCUCGAAGAUGAGUAGAUAGAAGAUAGAUCGUUCUGCUUCGGCGAGGUCCUGUUCGCUUUUGGCCAUCCCUUCAGUCAUCAUAAAUUGAGAAUUGAGGCAUUUUUUUUUUUCCGCUUGGUCGCCGAUGACUAUGUGCUUCGGUGGGGAGAUUUACCCAAACAAAUAGCUCACAAAUAGCCGACAAAUAGCGAAGGGGGCUAUAGACUCACUCGCUCUUUGAAUGCAGCGAACACGACUAUGUGGAUUCAGUAGUCUCAUCUGCGGGGACCUUUGCAGCGCAAAACCUCUCUCAUCGCCGCCGCUUCAGUGUGCUUCAGACUUCGCCUGAACUGAAUGAUUUUGGAAAAGAGCAUAUGCGCUGACAUUGCAUGUGCUGCAAGCGAUUCGCAAGCAGCACUCAAGCCAAAUGAAUAGCUGGAUAGCCGAAUAGCCGAAGAGCUUGGAGCUGUGUGUUUCCCCAAAGUCUGAAAGUGACAGCCAGCGACUUGCAGGGUGCAAGUCACAGGUCUCCAUCACGCCAUAUUUCAACGCAAAGCGUGUGUUGUUCCUAGGCUUAGCUGGCACACAUCGGAGUGGAUCAGGGACGUACAGAUCGCUGGUCGUCUCCGCUGGCAAGUUCCUAGGCUUAGCUGGCACACAUCGGAGUGGAUCAGGGACGUACAGAUCGCUGGUCGUCUCCGCUGGCAAGUUCUGCAUCCAAGGACUGAUGGAAGUUUUUGGUUAAGAAGAGGUGGGAGACAGAGAGAGUCUCUCAGGAGGGAGGGAGGGAGGGAGGGAGGAAGGGAGUGGAGUCGUGAACUCGAUAGGAGAUGGGAGGGGACGACUGGGGGGGCAUAAGCGCAAUUUCUCUUGCAGGAAGAAGGCGGAAGGAUUCCAAUGGGAGAAAACACAGGUGUGCAAUCUCAGCUCAAGCCUGAACAAGAGAAGAAGUGGAAUUUCAUCACUCCCAUGUUUAAUUGAUCGCUCCAGUAUACUUUGUGGUGCUGAAUUCACAAAAGAGGGAAUAGGUACAGCAGGAAGUGGGACGAGGUAGUAGUUCUCUCUGUUCGCUGCGUGCUGCACGACGGAUGGAUCCAUGUGCGUGCUUUCUUUUUUCCUCUUAUAUAUAUUGUCUACAGAGUCAGUACAGACUCUACACACAUGUAUUUGUAUAUGUAUACACACAUCCCUUAUAUAUACAGAGUUGAAGCUUUUGAAACACCUAAAAUAAACUGCGCACUUGUCCAGUUUCUGUAAAAAGUCAUUGUGGCCUUUCAUUCCUAAGAUCACAGGGAGGGAGGGUGAUGGUGCAGUUGGCUUUGCUGGUGGUUCAAGCUCUUGCCUCCAGUUUCGGAUGCAUCCAUGUGCGGCCCACCUUUUCUUGUACUUCACCUCUCUCUCUCUCUCUCUCUCUCUCUCUCUCUCUCUCUCUCUCUCUCUCUCUCUCUCUCUCUCUCUCUCUCUCUCUCUNCUCUCUCUCUCUCUCUCUCUCUCUCUCUCUCUCUCUCUCUCUCUCUCUCUCUCUCUCUCUCUCUCUCUGUCUCUUGCUCUCUUUUGCUCCCCCCUCCCCCGCCCUCUAGCAUCUAUCUCUACUAUUAUCUAUAUAAAAUAUCCGUCUAUUUAUCCUUGCCAGAACGUCUGUACACUUCUCCCUGAUGGGAUCCUCUCCUUCCCUCUGAUUGUCUGCCCUGUGUGUGGGCAAAGUUCGCGUGCAGGUUUGCUGCACAGUUUGCUGAGAUGUCAGAGGUGGACGGGUGGAAGCGGAGGUCCCUGCCAGUUUGCCCUUCCUGUGCGCUGGAACUUGUGGUAAGCAAGCCUCUUGGUUCGCACAAUGGUGCCGGUGUUUGUACUGCGGCGCAAGCAAGCAAGCAAGCAGGCAAGCAAGCAAGCAAGCCACUAGGUUUUCGUGACAGAUAGCAAGGACAGAGGUAGGUAGGCUGGUACAGUGCUGCGAGAAUUUUCAUUGGAGCAAAUGGGAGAAGAGAGAUGUGUUGUCAUGCCAGGCACAGCUGGCAGUAGGAAUAGAAUGGUGCUUGUGUGGUGCGCCUUUGUUCCUGGCAUUGUAAUGUAUUGACUCACUGUUUUGUUAUUAUCUUUUCGUUGUUCUUGUUCUUGUUCUUGUUCUUGUUCUUCUUCUUCUUCUUGUUGCUGCUGGUGCUGGUGCGGUUGUUAUUAUUAUAUAUGUUAAUUGAGCUUCAGUCGUGAUUCUAAAGCUGC